CGUUCUAUAACUAAUAGAAGCAUCUCUUAAAUUUGACAAAAACUGAAUUUGUUUUUACAUUGGUAUUUUCAAAAGGACGGACGCGAUGGCUUUGGGACCACAACACGUGUUGAGCUUUUCUCCUGAUGGUAAAUUAUUUGCUUUUAUUAACGAUCAGGGAAUCCUCCGGAUAUGGGACACAGAGACCAAUGAAUUAAAACAAGAGUACACGCCAAACCUGCAAUUGUCUGGCCCAUGCACCGCACUCACGUGGGUCAUUGUCGCCUCUUCAAGCUGUGAACUAACAGAAGGAAGGAAGUCCAAGAAAGCUCGAAAGUCACAUACGGGCCUAACCAAAGAUUCUGAAGCAAAUUAUCUUGCUUUAGGGACAAGCAAUGGCCACAUUUCGCUUUAUUCUUAUGCUUUGGGCAAGAUUGAAAGAACUUUAAAGGGCGAAGGGCAUAGUGGAAAAAUCACUUGUCUAACACAAGAUGAUAAAGGUAACCUCUAUAGCUGCGGGGAAGAUUGUCAGAUCCUUGUGUGGUCACUUUCGGACGAAAAGCAGCUGUCGUCAUGGUCGGUGGGCACAGAAAAGCCAUAUAGUAUUGUCUACACGAAAAAAUCUAACAAUAUAAUAGUUGGAGGCAGACAAAUUAAAGUUUAUUCAGUGGCUUCGCAGGAAUUAGUGCAAACGUUUACCGGACAUACGUCAGAUAUAAAUUUAAUGAGUUCACUAGUGUUAGACGACAGCGUCGAAUAUAUAUUAAGCACUUCACGAAUGGACCGCAUAAUAUGUUUGUGGAAUGUUGGUAAAAAAGGAAGAAAUAAAAGCGCAGCUUGCACUCUUCUCAUGGAAGACGUGGCACACUGUCUCACUAGCCACGUGGAUAAUGAGAGCAAUUUGCGAGUGGCUAGUGUAACACGAAGCGGUGUUAUUCACAUGUACCUGAUUGCUGCAGACAACGUAAAAGCAGAAAAACCCAUUAAACCAAAACUAACGAUAAAAUUGGCAUCAGAUAGCACCACCGUGAUUGCUCCAAUACCAGUCGUUUCAGUCUCCUUACAGCACAAUUAUCGUCCACAAGAAUUGAUUUUUGGAUAUGGAAGCUCCAGCUUCUUGGUGUUCGAACGUUUAACACCAAAUUUCGAAGAAAAGUUGCAAGUCUUAAUCCGCACCGAUCCAAAAUCUCUUUAUCUGACGCAAGGAAAAGCAUCUAAAAAAGAUGCCAAACUCGGUGUCGCGCAAAAGACCGUCACACCUAUUGUCAACGAAGCCGAUGUAAACUACAAGUCCUCAGUGACAGUUUCAAGAAAGAAGUUGAAGGCCUUUGAAAUGCCGAUGGAAUCACGUUUACAAAAUUUGAACAUAAAUGCAAUACCAGGCGGAGGAGCGCCUCAAGCACAAAGCAAAGUGCAGCUGCUCGUCCAGGCUUUGCAUAGCAAAGACAAUGUACUCUUACGUUCUGUAUUGCAUACUCACGACAUUAAAACCAUACAACUGACACUCCUUAAAUUACCCGUGCACUAUGUGGGCCCAUUGGUCAAUGAGUUAACGCAAUUCAUGCAGCAGAAACGCAUGAAUGUUGAAUAUGCAGUGGAUUGGCUGAAAAUUCUAGUUCAGACGCACUCCAGUCAACUCAUGGCUUUAGGUUCUGAAGAUCUGUUAAAUAAAUUCGGUCCCUGUAUAGGAAUAAUUGAACAUCGUGUAAAUUGUCUUAAAGAAUUAUCAAAAGUCGCUGGGCGUCUGGAUUUGUUGAUUAAUCAAAUAAAACGCAACACGAACGAAGACAACUUAUACACUGCAAAUGCAUUAGUGUAUGAAGACAAUGAUUCCUCAGAUUCUGAAGUGGAGGAUGCUGGCGAAAAGAGUUCACCCGACGAUGAAUGGGAUGAAGAUCCUGAAGACAUCGUUGAAAAUAUGGACCAGGAUGGCGAAGACAACGAUGACAGUGAAAAUGAAACGGAUAGCGAUGCAGAAAAUGAAGAGGAGAUGGAGACGUAAAAAUUCUGCAAAUGAAUCAUAUUUCGUUUUGAGUACGUAGUUAGUAUUCAUUUUUUAUCGUAUGCAUUUUCCGUUAUAUUCAAAGAACGCAUUGGAAAAUGUAUUUAAAAAUCUACGAAGAAAUUUUACUUCAUUUCAAAAAUAAAACUCUGGA